GUCCAAACUAAAGCCAUGGGUCGAUCCUUGGAUUAAUAGUUCCAGUUCCAGUUCCAUUGACAGUUGUGAUGUAGAGAUUCAGAACAUUCUCAGUGGCCCUUUAUUUGAGAAUACAUGUAUUGCAGAUUCAGAUGACAGUCCUACUAACAACUUAGGCCUACCAGAUAUUCAAAAACACCUAAAAUCACCGCCAGUCCAACAAGUGUGUGAUGUAACGCACCCGGGAAUUUAUGUGAGAAAGGUUCGCCAUACGUCAAAUACCUCACAUGGAAUAAAGAAGAAAAAUUCUUUGGUUUACGAUGCAAAACAUUGCUGCUUUUUUUGUAAGAAGGUGGUGACAAACAUCUCGUCACAUUUGAGGGGCAAACAUGGGUGUGAGGAAGAGAUAAUGGACAUCAAGAAUUGCACAAACAAAAACAUCGUUCGUGCAAAGCUUGAUAUUAUAAGAAAUAAGGGUGACCAUUUUCACAAUGUGAAAACCUGUCGAGCGAAGGAAGGUGAACUAUUAGUAAGGCUAAGUGCAGGAGACUUAGACAUUGAAAAAUAUGGUCCUUGUCCGAUGUGCCUACAAUGGGUGGUUUUUGGAUCAACUAUGUACAGACAUCAAAAGAUUUGUCCAUCAAAAACUCUUGAAAAUCUCGACUCUUCUCCUAAAUCUAAUACCCAACAAGCGUCUACUCAGGAUUCUGACAACUCACUCACAGCUAAUAUUGCACUUACAU